GUCCAUGACAUGUAGGAGUCGUGAUGGAUGAUCAGGGGGGAAGUACGAGAAUGAUGAUUUCCAGUGAGGAAGCAGCUGAGCUUAUCCCGUUAGAGCAGUACGUAUCACUAGGAUAUCCGGGGCUGGGAAUGAUUGGGACAAUUCGACCGGAACUCGAGUCCAGAGAUGUCGCCGAGUGGCGACCCUCGUCGAGCGAAAUGGAGACGGGAGGCCCUACCUUUGUUACAGGAGAAAUCGAUGUCCUUGAGGUUACCCAAGCACUGGAUCAUCGAAUCCCUCUCCCAAUCGGCCACCUACUCUCCAUCUCGGAACAGGCGAACGAACGUAUGAUGCAGCAUUGCAAAGCGAACCGGAAGCGAUUCGCCCUUGCACGCGCAAAAGAUCAGAAGGCGAAAGCGCCGCCUUCGGAGGAAAAGGCGGACGUCGCCCCUGAUCCUAUCCGAGUCGGAUUAAUACAGAAAGAUAACCACUUUCUUCGGAUCAAGCCGAUUCCGUGGAAGUCAGCCGAAUGUGAUAUUGAAGUCUGGGGAAUGCCGUAUAGUGCGAUCAUAGAUUCAGGAGCGGCUGUCCUAGCAAUAUCACUCCGAGUAGUCGAGAGAGCGGGUAGGAAGAAUGAUUUGAUUAUGCUAACCGAGAAGGACCAGCUCGUAUCGGCUGACGAGGAGAAGAUCAAGACAGUAGGACGUAUGACGAACGUCGCAUUCCGAUUGGGAAAAGUGCAUGCUUUAGGAGAUGUCGUGGUGCUGGAUGUGAAUACAUAUGACGUUCUGUUCGGGCUUCCUGCAUUAGUGGCACUACGCGCUAAUUUGGACUUCGAACGCCGAUCCGUCGUUCUCCGGAAUACCGGGGGAAAGCCGUAUGUAAUAACUCUUCGAACGUCGGUUAAGUCCGAUCUUCAUCCCCACCUCUCCUUCUGUAUAGAUCCUCUGGUUGUUCCCCUCAUCGAUCCCUCUCAGUGGGACGCGUGGCGCGGAGACUAUAUCGAACUCUCACCGUGUUUGGCGGAAGUACGGGUGACGUGGACGAGGGACGAGAGCAAUUAUCCGCGGUCUGAGCGAUUGGAGAUCCUUUGGAUUCAGGCGUGGCGGACGGAAGUAGAAGGGGACCUUCUCGGUUUUCUAUUCGGGGCAGUGCGUCCAGGCUGUCUGAGGCUUCUCACCCAGGAGCUUACGGUCCCAAUUGCGCAGCUGGCCGACCAUCUUGACGUCAGCAUUGUCUCCCAGGUCGACCCGCGCUUGGUGCCCCACGUCACCUCGCGCACGCUGUCACUGUAUCUUCAGUGGUCAGCUUGCGUGGAAGGCUUCCCAUCGAGAAUUCCGCCUUCACGGUUGGAUUAUUUGGAUCCGCGCGACAUCGUGGAUCCCGCUUUCUAUAGACCGCCGUACGAGGACGAAGUGGAGGAGAUAAUCCGCGAGGAGCUCGCGGAAGAAAGUUCGGAGGAAGAGGAGGAGAAUCUGAACGAAGACGAAGGGGAGCCGGCACAACAACAAGAAGGAGACGAAGACGAGCUCCUGCAAACGGAGAGCGAAGAAGAAGCAGAAGAAGAAGACAGCGAGCAGGGGAGCGGUGAUGACAACGACGAGGAGCAGGCCAACGAGGAUUCCCAGCUAGAAAUUGCGUCGGUUGCUGAUCUUCCGAUCAGCAACGAUCCAACGCUCGACCCGGAGCCACCUCAACCAGACGACGGCCAUGUGGCCCAGGUGGCUAGGCCGUCCGCUCGCCGGCCUCCUUCCCCACCGCGACUGUUAGCGAAGACCCUUGCGAGGAGGAUGGCUCGCUCCCUUCCGGACCUAAUAGGCGGAGACCAGGGGGCGUUCGUGCAAGGACGGUCCAUCUUCAAUAACAUUGUCACUGCCAUUGAAGUCUUGGAGGUGGUACAGUCGGAGAGCUUGGACACAGCAGUACUCCUCCUCGACCUCGAGAAGGCGUAUGACAAGGUUGGAUGGACCUUUGUACUUACAACACUGAGACACAUGGGUUUCGGCGACGGUUUCUGCAGGAGUUGUUGUUCACAGCCAGGGCAGGGGCAGUGUGUCAAUUGCAGCCAGAGGAAUGAGCAGGUAUGUCUUCAGCCAAGCAGCUUGGCCAUGCUGCGCCUCGGAGGCUUGGCUCACGUUCUGAGACUGCACCUUCCGCUGGACCGGCCGGUUGGGGUGCAGUGGUAUGCUGGGAUAGUACAUGAUUGUGACGUAAAGGCAGAUCAGGGAGUUGCCUUUCGCUGGGUGCAGGGUGAUGACCAAUACUCAGGCUCGACAGGCGUAUUUGGCCAGAUUCAAGCAGUUAGCUUAUUUCCAAUUACCAGAUCGAUGAUUCCCCCUGACAUGGAUGGGAAGUAUGACGUAGACAUAAUUGUUGGGGAAGAUAUUUUCAGAUCCGGACGCAGAGGUAGGCCACAGCGACAGUACAAGGUGGAGCAAGCUCUCAAUAUGAAGAAAUGUGACAAGUGCCUGUUGGAGCACUACGAGGCCUCACUUGUUUGUCCAUCCUGCAAGGAAAGCAAAAACGAACAGCGGGAACACAAUGCUCGAAUAGAGGCGAUGAUGAGGUCGAUGCGACCGAUAGCGAUCUUGGAAUUGCUCUUUUGCGUGCUGGUUGGCCUUACUCUUGUCCUAUUUGGCAAAGAAUACUGAUGCUGAUUCUUCUGUGAUUUAAUUGUGUGCCUUGCCCAACAAAACUCGGCAUGGGGU